UUUUGAACCACCGCUUGACGAUAUAACGCCUGCUGUACUCUUUCAUAAAAACAUAAGUAAAUAAAAGAAAUGAAAGUAUCAUAUUUUUUCCUUAAAAAAGAUGGUUUUUUUGCUGUAAGAUGUCUUUUUUUUUCAGUGCCCAGCACCAUACGCUUCGAAAAUAUAUCUCCAACGAGGAACAAUCGAUUGUUCCAUGAGUGAUGCAAGUUCGACGUUUUUUUUUCACUGACCGGCCGGCGCGGCGAUGCGAUUCAACGAUAAUCCUUACUUUCAUUUUCAAAGCAAUGGCAGCAGAACGAUCGACGGUCAUUAAGUUGACAAUGGUUGAAAUCUUUCGUUCGAAGGCAAAUUAGACUACUCAAUCAUUUCAGCCAAGAUUGCAGGCUGAUUGUAUAACGGAAUAAAUACAUUUCCCGUUCCGGACUUUCCGUAUUCCUUGCAUCGAAGUAAGCCUGGACACUGCUUCUGUCCCAAAACUACUUCCCCAGUGGUGAUUAUUCAUAAGUUAGCAAUUAAUUUAAGUUCCGUUUUGCAUACAAUUACUUUUUUCGUCGUCCGAUUUUGUCGUGGUAUUCGCUCCUAUUUCAAAUCUAUUUAAUUAUAUUCUUUAAAUUACUUGCUUCCAAAGUUCUAAAAUGAUCGGUGCUGCCCUUCCGCUUUUAGUGUGACUUAAAUCAUACGCCAAUAAACUGCUGAUUUACAAUAUUUGUGGUAGAAUGCACUUCAAAAUCGUGUUCAUGGUGAUAGUAGUAAAUUCUGCGUGUGCUAUUGGUUCUGACUUGAAUUUUAACAUUACUACGGCAGCUGCAAGGACUUUCUCAGAGUUCAAAGAGAGAAUUCAAGAUGGAUUUUACAAGGAUAAAGGAUUUUUUGGUUUUAGAGAUCUCGUGGGCCCGAGGCUCGAACUUGAUUUUGUGCUACCAUUUGUGAAGUUACCAAUUUUCGGCGUGGGGCCACUCAUAGAGCUAGAUGCCCAGUCUAUCACUGCUGCCUUUACUGCCAUAGUUUUUCUGUACAUUGUUCCAAAGCUCCUCUUUUUACUAUACCCCAACUACCAGCUUCCUCCUGCGCCUGCAGCGGGACCCGAUAGAGGGGAAAGAUCGUUCGACAUGCCGUUCGAUCUCCACUCAGUCGAAGAAUUCUUGAGAACUUACGUGAUGCCGGUGGAUUCUUGCUCCUCGGCCAAUUCGUCUUUCGUGAACAUGAAUAUUACAUCAAACAAUCCAAGCAAAAAAUCUGUAAAAUUUUAUCCUUUGAAUAAAACCGACUAUGAUGAUCAGUGA